CUUCUGUCUAACGUUACAAAGUAAUUUAACAUUUGUGUUAUUUGCAAACAGCCUCUCUUUUUGGGAGGGGAAAGGGAAGUCUCAAACUCCAUUUAUUACUUCGUUUAUGAAACUGAAAGUACUUUAUUAAUAUUACUUGUCUUUACAAUGUUCAAAAUAUGGUGAAUCAGAUACACUUACUCAAAUUCAGACUGCAGGGGCCAGGAAUCUGUCAUUAUUUCAGUGUGCUCUAGACCAGUGGUUCUCAACCUUUUUUGGACCAGGACCCAUUUGUAAACAUUGAUGGCCAGUCCCACUCCAGUAAAUAGAAAGUAGAAAACACACGUAUUUUGCCUCCAAAAUACUUAUCACGCACUAUAUGUAGCAGUAACAACAACAAUAAUAGUAAUAAUAAGUGAAAGCAGCUCAAUAUCGAGCAAGUUAAAGGCAGAAAUCAGCAUCAACAGGAACACAUUAACGGUAUAAUAAAUCCUAGGUUCCACUUAAUGAGAAACCUGCGCUUGCUUCUCUUUGACACGUUUAUCAAAGUUGGGUGUAAUUUUAGUCAGCACAAUCUGAAGGUUGUGUUCAACAUCCAGUCUACUCCUGUUUUUAUUCUUCAGUUGAGUCAAGGCAGAGAAUCCAGUUCCGCACAACUGCAUUGUACUGAAAGGCAAAAUGACACUAAUUGCAUGGCAAACAAGAGCAGGACAUUCUCCAGCAGCAGCACUGUGCCAAAACUGGGGAAUGCUCAUUUCAGUGUAUUUUCUCUCUAGACUGCGAAUGCAAGAUCACUCGACCAGCUGAGAUUCUUCCUCCUUAGGUAGGAGGAACACAACUCCAAAUGGAUCCCGUAUCCAUUCUUUGCCCUUAAGUUGUUCGUCUGGAAAGUAAUUGCAGAAUCUUGUGUGCCAUUUAGUUAAAUGACUACUGAUCGUUUUCUUCAGUGCUUCCUGGCUAGUGAAAUCUUUCAGAUUUUUUGUUUCUGGAUAUGUGUUACGAAACAUGUCCAUCCUAUCAUUUGAAAUGUGUUUGUUCCACAGAGAGAGGGUUGUUGUUUUUUUAAAUGCAGCAAUUUUGUCAGUUAACUCAAAGCAGUUGUGCCCUCUGCCCUACAAAGACACAUUCAAAUCAUUCAGGUGAUCGAAUAUAUCUGCCAGAUAUGCAGCACAAACAACCCAUUUGUUUUUACUGAAGUGCUCUGCCAGGUGAGACUUUUUUUCUUCAUUUUUAAGUUUAUAUAUAUGAGACAACACUUUGCCAUGGGACAGCCAGUAAACCUCAGCAUGGUAAAGCAGAUGUACAUGUGUACUGCCCAUUUUCUGACAGAAGACGUGAAAGCAUCAUGAAUUCUUGGCAUUUUGUUUGAUGUAAUUCACUAUUUUUACAGCAUUUUUAAGAGUUUCGUGAAGCUCAGGUGCCUUGUCUUUAGCUGCUAAUGCCUCCCUGUGCAGGAAACAGUAGUUCCACAUUGCAUUGGGUGCUUUCGAAAGGAUUCUUAGAGCAACUACUGAAUAUUUCCGUCAUCAGUUGCAACACCAACACACUUCGACCAGCUUAAUCCUGCUGACUCCCAGUAAUUAUCCAGUAUAACAAAUAUAUCAGCAGUAGUAGUAGAAAUAGGCAAAUCUACACUAAACAAGUACUGUUCUUGCAAAUCACUUUUCCAUGCAUGUCUCACAUAAACCAGCAAGAUAGCAUGGUUUGAUACAUAUAUAGAUUCAUCUAAUUGUAAAGCAAAACAGUCGCUUACUGAAAGACGAUCAGUUGUUUGCAGUUUGGUGUAUUCUGAGCUAUAUCACAGAUUCUUCUCCAUAUUGUAUUGUUGGAGAGAGAGAAAUUGCUGUUAAAUUUUUUUUGCCACUGACUCGCCCCACAAUUUAGUGCAUAUAUCGAUAGCAGAAGGUAAAAUUAACUCCUCAGCGACAGUGUGAGCUUUUUUGCAAUGCGCUGUGCAACAAGGUCAGAGGCAUGCAGUGUUUGCUCACGGACAGUAAAUACAUGUUCAUGUUUUUUUUGACAUUUCCAUUUGGCUUUUUCGUUUAAAAAAAAUCAAGAGGCUUGUCUUUAUAGCUAGACUGCUUUGUCUCCAAAUGUCUACAUAAAUGUGAUGGUUUUAGGCUUUAAUUUGUUAACAGUUCACCGCAGAUGACACACUCUGGCCUGUGUUCACCAUUUCGGUCCACGGUAAAUGAAAACCCAAACUUUAAGUAAGCAGGGUCGUACUUACAAUUACUUUUCUUCUCAGGUUGUGAUGAAUUCCUACUAUCGUUGGUACUUGCAGUUGCAACAGGACAGUUUAAAAAUGUAUCCAUUUCACUAACUAAAGACUCACUUUGUGAUUAAAACACAUACUCUUCACUUGAAACUCUACUAAGCACUCUUUUCCCAUAACUCUUCCCACCUUGCAUUCGAUUGGCCAAUCGGUAAGGCUAGGUCAUGGAGGUCACUGGUUUCGUGAUUUUUAUGUGACCUUCAUGACUUCAGCCCUUGGUGGCAGGGCUCAAGGCUUGGGUGGCUGUGAACCUUUUGUACAUUUGUGCGACCCACUUUUAGGUAGCAACCUGUGGGUUGAGAAACACUACUCUAGACACCAGAUACCACACAAUAUGGAUAAUGAAAAUAGUGAGUUAGAAAUUACUGCAGUCACAGACAAAGCACAACGUACGCAUGAAGUUGGUACUACAUAAAUUCCUAAAGUAAAUAGAUGUCUGAUCAUUCUAAUGUAGGCUCUUGAAAUUACCUGUGCCAUCUUCUGGUUAUCAUGGGGAGUUGAUCAGUUGUCUUGCUUUUCGACUAUUAAGUGUUCCAGGUGAAAAGAUUAAAUGAUGCACCAGUUCAGGGCUACACAGAUCAUGUUGGUAACAAAACUACCAUAAGGAUGACCUAUCCAGAGGGAGCCCCACUUUCUGAAAAUGAAUAUAACCCUCAGAGCUUGUUUGUUGUUGUCUUAUUUAAAAGUGUCGAUUUCAAUUGGCUUCAAGCAAUGGUAAAAAAUGAAGCAUUGCCACUAUGGGUGCGACUGUUUUUUUGGAAGCAGGUGGCUGAGAAAAUUCCUGUAACACCAAAACAGUUUCGUAUUUUAAAUCCGAUCAUCAUUAAAGAGACAGCCUUGGAUAUACUACAGUACCCUGAGCCUCGAUCUAAAUUUUGGGGCUGGGAUAAGAAUGUUCCCACAAUUGGGGUCACUGCAGUUGUUCUGGCCACACAUUUAUGUGAUGAAGUGAGUUUAGCAGGAUUUGGAUAUGACCUCCGCCAACCCAACACACCUUUGCACUACUAUGACAAUCUCUGCAUGGCUGCAAUGGAAGGACAAACUAUGCAUAAUGUGACAACUGAAACAAAAUUCCUACAAAAACUGAUCAAAGAUGGGAUUGUGAAAGAUCUCAGUGGAGGAAUACAGUGUGAAUUCUGCAAAAAACCAAGCUAAUGACUGGAACUGAGAGCACAGACUGGAUUAGAGGUUCCUGCAGCCUUGCUAGCAAUGGCCCUUUCAGUGCUCUCAUCCCACAAAGACUUUGAAGAAUCUCUCUUCUUUGUAUUUCUGUUGCUUUUUAAUGUCAAGUUGAAUUUAUUGUAUUUUUUUUAUUUAUUUUGAGUCCAGGUUUUUACCUUGCACACUUUUUGUGGGUAAUUAUCAAUACAGUUUUGAGUUUAGAGAGAUUCAUUUAAAAUAUGUCAUGUUUUAAGCUAUCUGAAGGAAAACAGAAAAUUUAAGGGUUUUAUAUGUGAAGGGCACUCACGGACCUAGGUGUGUGUUUCCUAAUCUGGGGAGAGAAGAAUUGUUCCCACUGAAGUGGUGUUGCCGUUGUGGGUCCAUUUGUCAGUACAUGAUUCCUCUGUGCAUACAAAGAAAAGCAAAGGUGUGUGUUCGUAAGAGAACUUGCUUUGUUGCUUGUAGGUUCACUAUUCUUUGGUAGAUCAUCCACUUGUAUAACCUUCCACAGAUAUUUAGGCUACUCCCUUUCUGUGCUGAUACCUAUUUUUGGGGGGUGAGGGGGCAGGGAGCAGGAAAGGGCAAAACUGAUGCAGCAGUGGAGCUGAACAGUAAGUUCAUUAAUGCCACAUCUAAUCAUGCCUGGUAUUUAAAUCAUUGACCGGUGUGAAUGCUUUAGGAUUAGAAUGCUGGCCACUUAAACACUUGACACAUUUGGGCCUGACCAUGUUAUAACCAGAUUUAGCCUACAGUAGAUAUCUAACCUGAAGCCAAACUCUUCUGUUUCCCAGUUCUGGCUCCCAAAAACCUGGUCAUAAUGUGGUUGGGUCACAAAAAAGUUUAAGCAUCACUGUUACAGGAACAGCAUCAACAUGAAUUCCAGUCCUCUUUAGGGAGGGAGUUAAAAAGUAGUGUUUGGGGCUACACCUGCCCUUUUGCUAUUUUAUAAAAAUGUUUUAGUCCUUGCUGCUGAGUGAAAGACCCACAAACGAAAUGGAAACUUACUCUGUAGUAGUCGGAGUGAAACUGACUACAGACAAAAUAAAAGAACGGAAAGAUUUUAUUUAAUCUCCUUCAUGGUACAGUAGGUAUUAACUUGCAACAGUACUAUGUAAAAUAAAAAUUCAGAUUCAAAUAUAGUUUAAGUUGAUAGUGGCCCUUUUAUGUUGUGAAUAUGGUGUAUGCUUCUUAAUUGGAAGGGAGAGAGUGGAAUUUUGCUUUGCAGACCACCUAAUAAACUGGCAAUUCUGUGUGCACAAAUAACUUAUGAAGAAGAAAUUGCCUUUGAGGAAGUAGUAUGAUCUACUAGCACUGUACAAUGUCUUCUAAGUGCAGAUUGCUUUUAAAAAUUCCUGUAUAAAUGUACUUUCUAAUGACCAGAAAUCAAUGCAAUUGAAAGAAAGCGGGAUUGCAGAUUUGUGAGCAAGUCUGAACUGUGUCAUUUUAUUGUGCAAAUAACACAGUUGUGGUUAUUGGAUUGCUUGAUUUUGAGUGCUGUCUGUUACUCAGAGCGAGUGAAAAAUGCUUUAUUUGAAUGUGAAAUCUUACCAGAAAGUUAAUAGAAGUGAACAGGUGAAAUAUAAUUAUAUGAAUUACAGGAAUCACUUUGACUUUCCAGGUGACAAACCUUCCUAUUAGUUCCUUAUCAUAUGGUAAGAUACACUAGGCAUAUUUUUAAAAUUAGCAUCAGGUUAAAUUGCAUCAAGAAAAUAGGAUGUGGAAUGGAAUAUAGUAUUCAUACUUGCCAUGAAGAGUAGGUCUAAUGGAUGAUUGUGUAUGAACGCAGAAGUUGCACUGGCUAUGGUUGUGGAGAGACAAUAAAACAAUGCCAGUUUACAAAGUGUAACAUUGAAGAUAGUGGCUGUGAGCCUGAUCUUUCCUAAGUACCCACACAUCCCCUAAAGUGAAUGAUUAGAAAUCACGCUCUGUGUGUUCAGGGCUCCAUUUGUGCAACAGCAAUAAUUAUUAACCUAACUUCCUCUUUGUAACUUGGAACAAACUAGUUUUUCUUAACAGCAAUAAAUUUCUAGUCCAUGUUUUUGUAUGCUUUUAAGUAUAGAUCAAACUGUUUACUUGAUAAAUUACUGAUAUGUAAAGAGUUUUUACAGAUAGUUUCGUUUAAUAUAACAUGUUGAUUAUUAUCCCCUUAUAGUUAAGAUAAAGCAAGCGACCUUAACUCCAUUCAAUAUUACUGAAAUAUGAAAGGGUUUGGGAAAGUUCAAAAUGUGCAUAUGGACAGUAGUACAUUGAAGUCUUUCAAAGCGCUGUUACAUAAACGUUUUGUUAUACAUCAACUGUUAGUUCACCAGGACUUCACACUGUUAUGACUUAAGAAUAUGAAAAUGUGAACUUAAUAGAAUGAAAGUAUUAUUAAAGCAAUCAGUAACGUC